AUGGCAAAGACCAAGGGAAACAGUCCUGAGGCAGUACUGAUUCAGACUAUAGAGAGUUACAACUUCAAGCUAUCCGGAUGGGCUGCAGGGAAAUACGAAGUUCCCGAUAUGGUGGGAUGGGGAGAAUCAAGUAUGAUUGCCGCGGAGAAGUUGUUACUUGAGGCAACUCUUGAGGAUCCAGCAAAUCAAAGAUUUGUUCUACUCUCUGACAGUUGUGUUCCUCUGUACAACUUUAGCUACAUAUACAACUAUGUGAUGUAUUCUCCAAGGAGUUUGAUGGACAGCUUUCUUGAUAAGAAGGAGGGCCGCUACAACCCCAAGAUGUCACCUAUAAUACCAAAGGAGAAAUGGCGAAAAGGGUCCCAGUGGAUCACUUUAGUUCGAAGCCAUGCAGAAGUCAUUGUAGAUGAUGAAGAUAUUCUUUCAGUAUUCAAGAAGUUUUGCAAGAGACGCCCCCCUGUAGAUGCAAGAUAGGGAAAGCUGAAU